AUGUCUCACUUGGUUGCUGGCCGUGAUGGGAGAGCCUGGGGAGAUGCCCCGGACGAGGAGAAGGGAGAAGGGGAGAAAGAGAAAGCCAAGCCCUGGCGCCACUCCAUCCUAGUCAUGCAGCCUGUUGGGAGUCCAAGAAACCAUGCCUACAGCAGCAGCGAUGACGCUCCGGCCGCAACCUCCGAGGUCGUCCAGAAGCUCGCCGCGCUCGACACGGCCCAGGCCGAGAUCAAGAACCCGCUCGUCGGCGUGCCGCGCGAGGAGCUCCUCGCGCGCGUAGACGCCUUCCGCAGGGACAAGGGCCUGCCCGAGGACAUCCUGCCGCUGCUGCGCAAGGGCGCGCUCGUGGCGCAGAACCCGGCCGGCUUCGAGGAGCUCGACCUGCUCGACGAGGACGACAAGACGGCCCUGCGGCACGAGGUCACCCACCGCUGGCACCACCCCUGGGCGCUCUACUUUACCAUUGUGCUCAACUCGAUCGCCGCGGCCAUUCAGGGCUGGGACCAGACCGGUUCCAAUGGAGCGAACCUUGGCUUCCCGGAGGCCCUUGGCAUUCCCGACUUUAGUCCUGCGUGCGGCCCUGAUGAGACGACGGGCACCUGCGCCAAGAACGCCUGGAUCGUCGGUGUUGUCAACGCCAUGCCUUACAUCACCAUCUUUCUCUUUGCUGGCUGGAUCUCCGAUCCCCUGAAUGAGAUUAUGGGCCGCCGAGGUGUCAUUUUCGUCGCCGCCAUCUUCUCCCUUCUCGCUCCGUUCGGGAUGGCUCUGUCGCAGACUUGGGGUCAGCUCGCCGCGUGCAGAAUGCUCCUCGGCAUCGGCAUGGGCUUGAAGGAAGUCACUGUUCCCGUCUUCUCGGCUGAAAACGCCCCGACGGCUAUCCGCGGUGGCCUUGUCAUGUCUUGGCAACUCUGGACCGCAUUCGGCAUCUUCCUCGGCACUUGCGCGAACCUCGCUGUCGGCCAGGUCGGCCACCACGCGUGGCGCCUGCAACUCGGCUCGGCCUUCAUCCCCGCCGUGCCUCUUACCCUGGGCAUCUGGUUCUGCCCCGAGUCUCCUCGCUGGUACCUCAAGAAGGGCCGCUACACCAAGGCAUGGAACUCGCUGCUUCGCCUGCGCAAUACGCCUCUGCAGGCUGCGCGCGACCUGUUCUACAUCAGCUGUCUCCUGGAACACGAGGACAAGAUGGUGCAGGAGGCGGGCCUGAACGUCAGCGGCAGCGUCUUCACUCGCUUCAUUGAGCUUUUUACGAUCCCCAGAAAUCGUCGUGCUACACAGGCCUCUGGUAUUGCCAUGAUUGCGCAGCAGAUGUGUGGUAUCAACAUCAUUGCCUUUUACAGCAGCACCAUCUUUGUUCAGAGUGGCAUUUCAGCUUACAACGCACUCUGGGCCAGUUUUGGCUUUGGGUUGAUCAACUUCCUCUUUGCCUGGCCCGCUGUGUGGACCAUCGACACUUUCGGCCGUCGCGCUCUGCUCAUCUUUACAUUCCCCAAUAUGUUCUGGACUCUGCUUGUCGCGGGACUGUGCUUUCUUAUUGAAAAGGAAGCCGAACACAGCACGUCGCGCAUCGCCGCCGUCGCUACGUUUGUAUACCUUUUCGCCGCCUUUUACUCUCCAGGAGCCGGGCCGGUGCCGUUUGAAUAUUCAGCCUCUGUUCACCCAUUGUCUCAUCGUGAGGUAGGAAUGUCCUGGGCCGUCGCGACCAACAACUUUUGGGGCGCCAUCCUGAGCUUGACGUUCCCCCGCAUGCUCCGGGCCAUGACGCCGACCGGCGCAUUCGGCUUCUAUGCGGGGCUGAACCUCGUAGCCCUGGCCCUCAUCUUCUGCUUCAUGCCGGAAACGAAGCAGAAGAGUCUGGAGGAGCUCGAUUAUGUCUUUAGCGUCUCGACCCGAGCCCACGCCAAGUACCAGCUGGGCACGGUGGUUCCCUGGUGGUUCAAGCGUCACGUUCUUCAGCAGAAGGAUGCGGUUUGCCCUCCCCUUUACAAGGAUGAGAACAGGACUGCUAAGCCGUACGAGGGCAAGGCCUGA